CAGAGCAUUGUGGGAGUUGUUCCUCUGCAGCAAUGGCUUGGCUUGUAGUCAGAUUAGCAAUAUCUAUGUCUUUAUUAUAUACUGCGUCGGCGGUAUUUGAAGAUCAAGUUGGGAAGUUUGAUUGGAGGCAACAGUUUAUCGGCAAGGUGCGUUUCGCCUUGUUUGACACUCACUCUCAAGCGUCUAAAAAGCUCCUGGUGGCAACUGAGCAGAACGUGUUUGCUUCCCUCAAUUCAAGGACUGGAGACCUGUUCUGGCGUCAUGUGGAUAAGACCGGACCAGAGGGCCAUAUUGAUGCGCUGCUUAUGUAUGGACAGGAUGCUGUUGUUGUUGUCGGGAAUGGCCGUCUGCUUCGCUCCUGGGAGACCACAGUCGGGGGCUUGAAGUGGGAGACAGUGCUUGAUACAGGAAGCUUUCAGGCUGCUGCUUUAGUUGGAGUUCAAGACCUUGUGAAGUAUGUUGCUGUGCUGAAGAAAUCAGCAAUCUCUCUCCAUGACCUUUCAAGUGGCAGCGAGAUAUGGGUGGAAAACCUACCUGACAGUGACUCUGUUCAAUAUCAAACUAUUUAUUCUGGUGGGAAUGGACUGGUGUUUGUUUUGGGAGUUGUGCCAAACUCCCAUAUUGUUAUUGUUGAAUACAAAAUUGAAGAUGGAGAAAUCAUGAACAAGAAAUCCGUUGAAGCCGCAUGGAUGUCAAGCCUGGAGAGCAGCUGUGCAGUCGUCAGCUCAGGAAUCCUAUUGUGUGUGGAUCAGAUCACACAGUCCCUGUACACUCUACCACUGCAGUCUGCAGAACAGACAGAAAUGAGACAGAUCCACCUCCAGACGCUAGAUUUGGAGGUGGUGUCUGGAUUCCGGCCUGUUCUGACGUCCACUCAACCCAAUCCAGCUCAGCCUCCUCUCUCUGAGUUCUUCCUGCAGCUCAGUCCAGAUCAUCACAUCCUGCUGCAGUUCAAAGACGGCCUUAUCGCUCCACUCCGAGACUUCAAUCCAUCAUAUCUGGCUGCUUUUGCCACAUCUGGAGAGAGGACAGUUGCUGCUGUGAUGUCCCCAAAGAAUGAUACUGCUUGCAGCAUCAACCUGUUCAGUGCUGACACAGGGCGGAGGCACCUUGAUACCACCAUUAUCUACCACAUGGACCCUAAUGGAGGAAAGCCAAACAGAUUAUAUGUCCACGCCUUUCUGAAGAAAGAUGAUUCUGUGGGCUACCGAGUCAUGGUGCAGACGGAAGACCUUACACUCACAUUUCUACAGCAACCUGGCCGGGUCGUCUGGAUGAGGGAGGAGGCCUUGGCUGAUGUGGUCACCAUGGAGAUGGUUGAUCUGCCAUUCACUGGAACACAGGCAGAACUGGAGGGAGAGUUUGGAAAGAAAGCUGCCAUUCAAGAUGGGCUGUUACCCAUGGUUCUCAAGCGCCUCUCUUCCCAGUUCAUCCUGCUGCAGGCCUGGCUGGCCCAUCUCUGGAAACUCUUUUAUGAUGCCCGGAAGCCCCGCAGCAGUGUGAAGAAUGAGGUCACCAUAGACAUACUGUCUCGGGAUGAGUUCAACCUGCAGAAAAUGAUGUUGAUGGUAACUGCCUCUGGGAAGCUCUUUGGCAUAUACACCAACUAUUAUCCACACCAUCCUCAUCAGUCCCACUAAAACAUCCAGCCCGACUCUGUUUUCAAACUCAUUGUGCAAAGGACCACUGCUCACUUUCCUCAUCCUCCACAGUGCACACUUCUUAUAAAAAACAAGGACACGGGUCUUGGAAGCCUCUAUGUCUUCAAUCCCAUCUUUGGCAAGAAGAGUCAAAUAAGUGUCCCUGCCUUACCCAGACCUGUCCUUCAGACUCUGCUGCUGCCUGUCAUUGACCAGGACUAUGCUAAAGUCCUUCUACUUAUCGAUGACCAGUACAAGGUUACAGCAUUUCCAUCUACAAAGAAUGUUCUACAGCAGCUUCAGGACACAGCAUCCUCCAUAUUCUUCUACCUAGUGGACUCCAGUCAGGGAAAACUGUCGGGUUUCCGUCUGCGUAAGGAUUUGUCUACAGAGCUAAUCUGGGAGGUGGUAAUUCCCACUGAGGUACAGAAGAUAGUAGCUGUCAAAGGAAAGCGUGCAAAUGAACAUGUGCAUUCCCAGGGCAGAGUCAUGGGGGAUCGUAGUGUGCUCUACAAGUAUCUGAACCCUAAUCUCUUGGCUGUGAUAACGGAAAGCACAGACGCCCAUCCGGAGCGCAGCUUUGUUGGAAUCAUCCUGAUUGAUGGUGUCACUGGCCGUAUUGUGCAUGAAGCAGUGCAGCGGAAGGCCAGAGGACCUGUUCACUUUGUACACUCUGAAAACUGGGUGGUGUAUGUGUACUGGAACUCCAAGUUCCGUAGAAAUGAGUUUUCUGUGUUGGAGCUCUUUGAGGGAGCAGAGCUCUAUAACACUACAGUGUUUAGCUCCCUGGACAGACCACAUCCACCCCAGGUUCUGCAGCAGUCGUACAUUUUUCCUGCUCCCAUAAACACUUUAGAAGCCACACUUACGGAAAAAGGCAUCACAAGCAGACACCUUCUUGUCGGGCUGCCAUCAGGCAACAUUUUAUCCUUACCAAAGCUGUUUCUGGACCCACGGAGACCAGAGGUGGUCUCAGAACAGAGUCGGGAGGAAAACCUCAUACCAUAUGCUCCAGAAAUGCCCAUUCGUGAAGAGUGGUUUAUAAACUACAACCAAACUGUGUCAAGAAUAAGGGGCAUCUACACUGCCCCCUCUGGCCUGGAGUCUACCUGUUUGGUGGUUGCGUAUGGUCUUGACAUCUACCAGAGUAGAGUGUUCCCCUCCAAGCAAUUUGAUGUCCUUAAGGAUGACUAUGACUAUAUAUUAAUCAGCAGCGUACUCUUUGGCCUCUUCUUUGCCACCAUGAUCAGCAAACGUCUAGCGGAAGUGAAACUGCUCAACAGAGCAUGGCGAUAAGACUCAUCCGGAUGGCCUGUUGACUUCACUCUCUCCCUCACUGCAAUGUGGUCGACACAUUGAUGGCAGGAGACUAGCUGGUGACCAUGUCAAAACUGCAAGAUCAUUUGAUAAGCUUGGUGUAUUUUUGCAACCAGCUGUCUUAUGGAUCUUGUGGUGUUUUGAGUGUAAGUGCAUAGACGGCCAUGAUAGUUUUUCCCUUUUCAGAGAGAGAAGUAAUGAUGUAGCCCCCCCACCCCAAGGAUUGAACCAUUCGCAGUCUAAUUUAUUUAUUGUGCCUUUCGGGGUAACAUAACUCAUGUGAUUUAUAGGUAGACUCGCCAGGUAUACCAACAUAACACCCGUCCUGUUUAUUCAUAGUUUGUUUUUUUUUUUUUUUCAUUUAUAGAUUUUAUUCAUUAAGUCUGAGUAUGCCUUUUGAAGAAAUGUUACUUUUCAAAAUUAAUAUUGAGGAAGGAGUAUUGCAAAAGGACUGCCAUUUUUAAUUUUAAAAUUAAGGAAAAGAUUGAAUAAUGGGAUUGGGUUUUAAAUUUGAUUAAUGAAUAUAUUGCCUCAUGUACAGGAUUUGAAUGGGCAAACACUAGUGCACAUGAGAACUGUGAAUUUUCAAGAGUCAAGACAGAUGGUUUGUUUUCUCCUGUACAUUGAUCGGAGAAGAUUCUGCAUAGGAUUUUGGGUAGUCAUUUAUAGUUAUUUUAUGGUAUGUCAAAUGCACUGGAUGGUUUGGAGCCAUGUUCUUUCUUGAUAUAUUUGAGCAAGAUUCUAAUAUGCCACAUCAUACUUUGAUUUUGACUUGUACACAUUACAAAUCCUUGAUUUUACUAUUGUGUAAAAUGUUUCUACUCUUUUGAUUUUCAUGAAUAAUAGGCCUGUUUAUAUACGUAAUUUUGAAAGCAUCCCCGCUGCUGCAAACUAAUGAUAUCAGAAAAAAAAAUGAGUUUAAUAAUUGUAUUUGUAACAAAAGAGUAGACAUUCAAUUAAGUUGGUAACAAACCUAAUGCUUUUUUUAAACAUGCAUUAAUUAUUUGUUCUUUUUCCCCUAAUCUAUAAUAAAGAAUAUCCCCUUCCUAA